GUGCACGACCGACUGGCUGCUGCUGCGGCGCCGCGUCUCGCCUCAGUCCCGCCGCUCCGUGGACGCCGCCCGGCUUCUCGCCCCCCCCGGAACAUGGCGGCGGCGGCCCCCCAGGAGGAGGUGGACCGCAGACCGAUCCGGAGGGUCCGGUCCAAGAGCGACACCCCCUACAUCAACGAGGCCCGGAUCUCUCUGCACCUGGAGACAGCUGAGGAGGUGGAGCGGCUGGCAUCAAUGCGGUCCGACUCGCUGGUACCAGGGACCCAUACGCCUCCUAUCCGCCGACGGAGCAAGUUUGCCACUUUAGGUCGCCUGUUUAAACCCUGGAAAUGGAGGAAGAAGAAGAGCGAGACAUUCAAGCAGACAUCUGCAGUGUUGGAAAGGAAAAUGUCAACUCGCCAAAGCAGAGAGGAGCUCAUCAAGAAGGGGUUCCUGAAGGAGGUUUAUGACAAAGAUGGCAGCUCCUCGCCGGGUCUCCGGCAAGAGGUGAAGAUGGAGAACGGUCACUCUCUGGCGCUCGGCGCCGACCCGUCAGAGUCUGAUGGUACCGAACUGAUGGAAGGAGCAGCUGCAGCUGUAGGAAUAGUGGAGUUUGAAAUGCCAAGUGAUGGUUCGAAUCAACAAGAUCAGAAAUCCAGUCAGGCUCCGCCCACAACCCCGCCCACAGUUUACCCAGCUGACGUCGACUCAAGAGGCCCUACGUUACACAAACAGCCCCCUGCCUUGCUGCCCAAACCUUUCAGCAGGUUACCCAAUCACCUCACAGAUGGUGCCCCCAUGAAGUUACCAAGCAUGUCGGGGAAGCUAUCUCCUCCUCUACCUCCAAAGAAGCUCAUGAUCUCAGUACCCGCAGGGAGCAUGGAGCCCUCUCCGCUCGCCUUCCAGAAGUGCCCCGCCCCCUCCAGCCACACCCCAGGGCUGCCGUACGGGACGCUACCCAUCCCUCUGCACCCGCCCAGCCGGAUCAUCGAGGAGCUCAACAAAACUCUGGCCCUCACCAUGCAGAGGUUUGAGAGCUCCAUGAUGCACGCCGUUCCCACGAUGAUGAUCGAGUGCGAAGAGGACAAAGAAAACCUCAACGAGGCGGACUACGAGGAACUGCCAGGCAUGUACAAGGACGAGGACGAGGAAGAGGAUGAAGACGAAGACGAUGAGGAAGAGGAGGAUGAUAUACUUCUGACAAGCACGCUGGCCAUGAAGGUUUUACGAAAAGACUCUCUGGCCAUCAAGCUGAGCAACCGUCCAUCGAAGAGGGAGCUGGAGGAGAAGAACAUCCUGCCGAUGCAGUCGUACCAGGAGCGUCUCGAGUCCCGACAACAAACCGCCACCAAACUGACCAGGCGGUUGAGUCAGAGGCCGACAGCCGAGGAGCUGGAACAACGGAACAUCCUGAAACCUCGAAACGAUCUGGAGGAGCAGGAGGAGAAGAGGGAGAUCAAACGGCAUUUAUCGAAAAAGCUCAGCCAGAGGCCUACGGUCGAGGAGCUGAGGGAGGCGAAGAUCCUCAUCCGCUUCAGCGACUACGUGGAGGUGGCCGAGGCUCAGGACUACGACCGGAGAGCAGACAAGCCAUGGACUCGACUAACAGCCGCCGAUAAGGCUGCCAUUAGAAAAGAGUUGAAUGAGUUUAAAAGCACAGAGAUGGAGGUGCACGAGUCAAGCCGCCAUCUGACCAGGUUUCACCGGCCAUAAAGCAGCAGUCACGCCUCAGUCAUGUUUUUCUACGGCUGCCGCCGUGCUGCGGAUCAGCGUCAACCUCGAACUGAGAAGUUGACAUGAACACACGAGUCUGAGCUGGAAGGAACUCUAAACCGCCGUCUUCCCCACGUGGGGGAUUUGAACGACUUCUUGAUAUUCAAAAACUUUUUGUCUUUUUUUUACUAGAUAUGACGUUUUAUUUACUUUGAAAACGCCAGCGGAGAUCAGCACAGUCUG